AUGUCCAACGAAGAUGACUUGCAAGAGCCUCUGUUUGAGAAGAUGAGUGCUUCUCCUGCACCCGAACCUUCGGAAAGACCCUCGAAGAAGCGAAAGCGGGGAGAAGUCGAGCAAGGCGCAAAAAAAGCUGCAAAGAAAGCAAAGAGCAAGAAGGCCAAGGACAAUGAGGACGAGGAUCUGGAUCUUGAGGCGGGUAUCAACAGGGCGUUCUCGCAUAUGGAUAAUCAGCUGUUGGCAGACUAUGUUGCGAGGCAGACGAAGAGGCACGAGAGUGAUUUGUCGGCCAUUGAGCUGGAAGAUAAGUACUUGCCUGCUACAGCGAUCCGAGAUACGACCUCGUGGGAGAAGCCCCGGACUUUGGGGAAUCUGCCGGGCUUUCUGGAGAAAUUUGCGGGAAACUCGACGAAGCUUUGGGGUUCCUCAAAGAAGAAUGGAGCGCCUCAUACAAUUAUUGUCUGCGCGUCGGGGUUGAGGGCGUCGGAGGUUGCAAGGGCGAUGCGGUCGUUAGUGACAAAAGAUUCCUCGGUUGCCAAGUUGUUUGCGAAACACAUCAAGAUCAAGGACUCUAUAACCUUUCUUAAAUCGAAAAGAACGGGUAUUGCAGUGGGCACGCCGACUCGGCUGAAGGAUCUGAUGGAUGAUGGCGCACUGCAAGUCGAUCGCUUGGAGAGAAUAGUGAUCGAUGCAUCACACAUCGAUAUGAAGAAAAGGGGCAUCUUGGAGAUGAGAGAAACCCAAGUGCCUCUGACUGUUUGGUUGGGCCAGAAAGAAUUCAUGGAGAAGUAUGCCAGUGGAGGCAUUCAAUUACUUUUCUACUAA